UGUAUUUUAUUUUUUUAAAUUUCUGUCUGCCUGGUCGGUUAAUAUAUUUACCGGCACUUUUAUUAUUUGUUAAGCUGUUUUAUUAAAAAAUUAUUAUUAUUUUAUGAUUAACAUUUGCUUGCAAUAAAAUUACACAAAAUAAUUAACCAUUCCAAUUACGUACAAAAGCUGGGUUGUUAAAAUAUUAUCCGAUAGUACUUGUAUUAUUAUUUAUAUCGUGUACACGUGGUAUAAGUUGAACGUCAUCUUUUACUAGCAAAAAAUAUAAGAGAGACAAAUAAAAAAAAAAAAAAGAGAAUUUUAGUAGUUCACCACCGGAAGUGUGUUAUUUGCAUUAAUCAUGUUAAAAUUUAUGCAAAUCGCUUAUCAACUGAUAUCAUUUUCCAUCAUAUAGAAUUCAUAGUUUUUGAAUUUCCCGCCCGAAAUUUUGUAUCUUUUUUGUUGUUAUAUUUCCAAAAAAGUGUUAGGGUUACCAUAAAGUAUUUUUAAAACAUAAAUUUUCAUAUAGAUAUAAAUUGAAAAUAAUGGCUCGUGUUGAAAUCGGUGAUAAAUUAGUGCCGAAAGCCGGAUUUGAUGGUCCUGAUCGUUUGAUGGCGGGUGUAGAAAGUGGUAAGGCGUUGAACGCCUCAAACUCAGAUAGUUCUAGUGAAGGUGGAUUUCGACUUAAAAAAGAACUCGGUCUGUUGGAUGGUGUGGCGAUAAUUGUUGGUGUAAUAGUUGGAGCGGGUAUUUUUGUGAGUCCUAAAGGUGUGUUGUUGUAUUCCGGUUCAAUAGGACAAUCGAUAAUAGUUUGGAUAUUAUGUGGAUUGCUGAGUAUGGUGGGAGCAUUGUGUUAUGCGGAAUUAGGCACAAUGAUUCCAAAAUCUGGAGGUGAUUACGCUUACAUAGGAGUGGCCUUUGGGCCACUACCUGCAUUCCUCUACCUUUGGGUGGCGCUCCUUGUAUUAGUUCCAACGGGGAAUGCCAUCACUGCAUUGACAUUUGCCCAAUAUUUGUUGCAACCAUUCCGGCCAUCAUGUGAGGCACCUGUAGAAUCUGUACAGUUGCUAGCUGCUGUCAUAACAUGUGUUCUAACAGCAAUUAACUGUUAUAAUGUAAAAUGGGUGACACGUGUAACAGAUGUUUUUACUGGAACAAAAAUUUUGGCGUUGCUAGUUAUUGUUGCUGCUGGUGCAUGGUAUUUACUUAGUGGAAAUACUGAAUUAUGGGCUGAUCCUAUGCAAGGAUCAUUAAAAUCACCAGGAUUUAUUGCAUUGGCAUUUUACAAUGGACUGUUUUCAUAUUCUGGAUGGAAUUAUUUAAAUUUCGUUACAGAGGAAUUGAAAGAUCCUUUUAGGAAUCUUCCCCGAGCUAUUUGCAUCUCCAUGCCCGUCGUCACAAUCAUUUAUGUUGUCACAAAUGUUGCAUACUUUUCGGUCCUUUCAACUGAGGAAAUUUUAGCAUCCGAAGCUGUUGCUAUUACCUUUGGCAAAAAGAUGUUAGGAUUUAUGGCUUGGAUUAUGCCUCUUUUCGUAGCUUGUUCAACAUUUGGUUCGUUAAAUGGAGGUAUUUUCGCCUCUUCGCGAUUAUUUUUCGUCGGUGCACGAAAUGGACAUUUGCCAGCAGCGAUAUCAUUGAUUAACGUAAAUUGCCUUACACCAAUUCCAUCACUAAUAUUUUUGUGUAUUUUGUCGUUGGUGCUUUUAUUCAUAAAUGACGUUUAUGUCUUAAUAAACUAUAUUAGUUACGUUGAAGCCUUAUUCACUUUGAUGUCAAUUUCUGGUCUUUUAUGGUUGCGUUAUAAGCAACCAAAAACCGAAAGGCCUAUUCGAGUAAAUUUAAUACUUCCCGUAAUAUUCCUGAUCACAUGCAGUUUCCUUGUGAUAUCAUCAUGUUUGCAAUCGCCAGUUGAAGUUGCUGUCGGUACCGCCAUUAUUUUGACCGGAAUUCCGGUGUACUAUACAACAAUACAUCGGCCAAUUGGUUGGCUAACACGAAUGUCACAAUCAAUUAAUUUGUGGUGUUCGAAAUUCUUCCUUUGUAUGCCAAAUCAAGAAAAAGAAAAUUGAUGAAGUCAUUUAGUGUAUGAUUACAUAGAAACAUUACAAAAUUAUGUGACAUUUACAUGGAAGGUAAAAUAGACACAAAACAAAAAAUAAAAAACAAAGUUUCCUAAAAAUCGAUUAAGUACCAAGAAAAAUAUAUAAGAAAAUGUCCUAUUUAAUAAGUAUUAACAAAAAUAACAACAACAAAAAAAUAAUAAAUUAAUAAUAAAAAAAAAGACAUUAUACAAACGCUCUCACUGUAGAAAAAAAAAUUAAAA